CUUUCUGCUCUCUCUCUCUCUCUCUCUCUCUCUUCAGAGCACUCAGCCAUGGACCGUCUGAACUGCUCAGCCGACCAACUAGCACAAUACUUAGGCUCCAACACCACCGACGCAGCCGCCGCCGCCUCCUACAUAUGUGGCCAAUUCGCCGCCGUGUCCAACAAAUUCAUUGACGCCGGCUACGCCGUCGACUCCACAUACCUCCUCUUCUCCGCCUACCUCGUCUUCUCCAUGCAGCUCGGCUUCGCCAUGCUCUGCGCCGGCUCCGUCCGCGCCAAAAACACCAUGAACAUCAUGCUCACCAACGUCCUCGACGCCGCCGCCGGUGGCCUCUUCUACUACCUCUUCGGCUUUGCUCUCGCCUUCGGCUCCCCCUCCAACGGCUUCAUCGGCCACCACAACUUUGCUCUCAAGUCGAUCCCCUCGUCUCUCUUCGACUACAGCUACUUCCUCUACCAAUGGGCUUUCGCUAUAGCCGCCGCCGGAAUCACCAGCGGCUCGAUAGCCGAGCGAACCCAGUUCGUCGCUUACCUAAUCUACUCUUCGUUUCUAACCGGGUUCGUAUACCCGGUUGUUUCUCACUGGUUCUGGUCUCCAGACGGGUGGGCCAGCGCAUCCAAACCCGAUAAUCUCUUGUUCGGAUCCGGAGUCAUUGAUUUCGCUGGGUCCGGAGUUGUACACAUGGUUGGCGGCCUUGCUGGGUUGUACGGCGCUCUCAUCGAAGGUCCGAGGAUCGGCCGGUUCGAUCACUCGGGUCGGUCCGUUGCGCUUCGUGGACACAGUGCCUCGCUUGUAGUGCUUGGUACCUUUUUGCUGUGGUUCGGGUGGUACGGUUUUAACCCGGGCUCUUUUACCAAGAUCUUGAAUCCGUAUAGUAGUGGUAGUUAUUAUGGGCAGUGGAGUGCGGUGGGUCGGACCGCUGUGACCACAACCCUAGCGGGCUGUACCGCAGCGUUAACGACCCUGUUUGGAAAACGGUUCAUUUCGGGUCACUGGAAUGUAACCGACGUGUGUAACGGACUUUUGGGCGGUUUUGCCGCCAUCACCGCCGGGUGCUCGGUGGUGGAGCCCUGGGCGGCAAUAAUAUGCGGGUUUGUGGCGGCCCUAGUGUUGAUCGGGUGCAAUAUGCUGGCUGAGCGGGUCGGAUUUGAUGACCCGUUAGAGGCAGCGCAACUUCACGGCGGGUGUGGAGCGUGGGGGGUGAUUUUCACGGCCUUAUUUGCCACUAAGGAGUACGUGAACCUGGUGUACCCGGGGCAGCCGGAUCGCCCAUAUGGGUUGUUUAUGGGCGGCGGAGGGAGGUUGUUGGCGGCGCAUGUAAUCCAGAUUCUGGUGAUACUCGGGUGGGUCAGUGUUACAAUGGGUCCAUUGUUUUUUGGUCUUCAUAAAAUGAACCUUCUUCGGAUCUCAGCCGAGGAUGAGAUGGCAGGUAUGGAUCUGACCCGACAUGGUGGUUUUGCAUAUGUGAACCAUGAAGAGGAGUCAAACAAGCCAGGGAUCCAGAUGAGUAGGAUUGGACCAUCAGUUCAAAGUUAAACCAUUUUUUCAAAUUUCAAUUUCAAUUUCAAUUUCAAUUUUUAUGCUCUUAUCAUCAGUUAGUAGUAAUUUUCGAUUACUUUUGGGGUAUUAGUUAUUAGUAUAUUAGGUUGUGAAAAAUGUAUGUAUGUAAGACAAUUCUUGGGUUGGAGAUGAGAGGUUGUGACUGGAGUCUUUAGAGAUGAUGAAGACAUGGACAUUCUUUUUUUUCUCUUUUCUUUUUUCUUUUUUAAUUUCAUUGUCAUUUUAUCAUUUUGUGGAGUGCUUAUCCAAUUUUCAUAGUUCAGUCCAAGUCACUCACCAUUCAUAUUCUGAAA